AAAGGAAGAAGAAGCAGAUGGAGAAGGAGAAGAAGAAGAAGACGGAUGCAGCAAGGGUCUGUGUUAUUGGUGCGAGCGGAGUGUUUCCGCCGCCUCGGGCCAUCAGCACGACUUCUCCCCCUCUCCCUGUGUGAAAUAGUCCCCUACUGUGUGAACCCUGUCGUCCUGUGGACAAGGACUUAACCGAAGUUUGGUUGUCUCGACCCGGCUGUGGAGCUGAGUGUGAGAGGGAGGCAGCCGGAGCUCCCACAGUCUUUGUCCCAGCAUCCCCCGCUCAGCUUCACAAUGUCUGAACUUUUUAUGGAGUGUGUGGAGGAGGAGCUGGAGCCAUGGCAGAAACAAGCUACUGAAGUUCACAUGGUCGAGGAUGAUGAUGAUGAACCCAUCUUCGUCGGAGUGCUCUCUAAUAACCAAAAGAGCAGUGACCCGCUGCCCCAACCUCCUCAGACGAACAGUGCAGGAAUACAAGGAAUCAAGCGUCCUGAUCCUCAGCCUUCCAUUAGCUCCUCACAAAUACUGAUGCCACUGAAUAUAGCUGGAAAUACAGUGAAUGCUGCAACACCCACUCUGACCACAGUCACGCCGCAACCUGUCAUUGUUAAUAACCAGGGCUUUAUUGUCACUUCUCCACAAUUAGUGAACAACCCUGGGUUUAUUGCCUCUCUUGGUCGGCAGUACCCCCCUGGGACUUCAUUUGCAAUCGUAGCAGCUGGUCAGCAGCAGAUUUUUCAGCAGGUCAGUCAAGGCACAAUCAUACCCAGUGCUGUCCACAGGCCUCAGGUGCAACAAAUCAGCAACAACAUUGUGACGUUGUCUAAUGUCCAGAGCCCCACUGUGUACUCAACACAACCAAAUCAACUGAAACCCAACCAGCCGAUCUCCCAAACUCUGCAGGUCGUCUCUGGGCCAACAAAGGCCAAUAGCUUCGACACAGAUCCAACACCAGUCAAACGUGGAUUGAUACUACAGCAAACUGACAGUGUCGAAAAAAGAGUAAAGCUCAAUUCAGAUUUAUCAGGCAAACUGGAAAACGGCAUCAAUAAAAAGUGCUCCAAGUGUCAAGAAGAAUUCACAAUGCCAGAAGCUUUGAAAUUCCACAUGAUGAGUUGCUGUACAAAGGUUGAAAGUACAGCUCCAUCAGCCGCGAACAAGCGCAUCAUGCUGGUCUCUGAUUUCUAUUACGGCCACUUUGAGGGAGAUGGGCACAAUAUGGAGGGGCAGAGGACCAGCAGCACUUUCAAGUGCCAGAGCUGUUUGAAAAUUCUCAAGAACAAUAUCAGGUUCAUGAACCAUAUGAAACAUCACCUGGAGCUGGAGAAGCAGAACAGUGAGAGCUGGGAAAGUCACACGACCUGCCAGCACUGCUACCGACAGUAUAUGACUCCGUUCCAGCUGCAGUGCCACAUCGAGAGCGCUCACAGCUCGAUGGAGUCCUCAACCAUUUGCAAAAUAUGUGAGCUGGCGUUUGAGUCUGAGCAGGUGCUCCUGGAACACAUGAAGGAUAACCACAAGCCCGGGGAAAUGCCUUAUGUCUGCCAGGUGUGCAAUUACAGGUCCUCUUUCUUCUCCGAUGUGGAGACACAUUUCCGAACUGUCCACGAAAACACUAAAGACCUGCUCUGUCCCUUCUGUCUCCGAGUUCUCAAAACAAGUCAUAUGUACAUGCAACACUACAUGAAACAUCAGAAAAAAGGGAUCCAUCGCUGUGGAAAAUGCAGACUGAAUUUCCUCACCUACAAGGAGAAAUUAGAGCACAGGACUCACUUCCACAAGACUUUCAGAAAACCUAAAGCCCUGGAGGGUCUUCCUCCGGGUACAAAGGUGACCAUUAGAGCCUCCGUUUCAGGAAAGACGCCUUUAGCGCCCACUUCCCCUGAGCGAUCUGCCGUUACCGUCACUCCAGGAUUAAUGUGUAACAGUUCGCCAGCCAACCCUUCAGUCAGUGUAUCCAAGUCUAAAUCCAACACGCCCGGAGGUGCUAAAGGCAAAGUGGCUCAGGGCAAGAAAAAAGAGGCUCGAGCUUCCAAGCACAACCUGGCCCUCAGGAAUCUCAGAAUCAAUGAGCGAAGUCAAACGUGCAUCGAGUGCAAUACACAAGUCGACGACUUCUUUUCUCAUUUCCCAAUGGUUUCCAAUUGUGGUGCGUGUAAAUAUCGGACAAGUUGCAAAGUUUCCAUUGGGAAUCACAUGAUCAGGUAUCACAGCACCAUCACCAAAAACAGAUUUUUGAAGAGGGAAAGUAAGAAAAAUUCAUCCAAACUGAAAUUAACUAUGGUGUGUCUCAACUGCGACCUCCUCGUGGAUGCUGCAGGCGGUGACCUGAUGAGCAAACAUUUAAAUGAUCGACCAAAUCACAUAUGCAAAGUCAUUCAGGAGAAAGCAGACGUCAAAGCCAAAGAUCGAGCGCAACACGUCUUGGUGCAGCCAACAAAAGUUAUGUACCUUGUGGCUACACCUUCUCCUCCGACACCAAAGGAAAUAGAAAUGAAACUAGAGGAAAAGGUCCCAUCUAUAAGUUUUAAUGUUGCUGCUGUUGAUCAACCAGAGCCAAUUUUACCAACAGUUGAUCAGGAAAAGGGCUCUGCGGCAUUAAGUGUCAAUGAAGAUGCAAAGCCGACAUCACUGCCGACCUCGUCUCCUUCGACAUCAGAUGGGGCUUUCGAUGUCGGUGAUGUGCCGGUGGGAGAUGAGCCAGUGGGUGACUCAGAGAGCGCAGAUAUCAGAGAGCAGCUCCCUGUCUCAGAAGUUGAGCAUGAGACUGGGGAACAGCAAACUAAAUCUUAAUGAAACACAAUGAUUAAGCAAUGCACAUAACAAACUAGAGUUAUGACCUUGAAACAACUUGUUCAUCAGCCACACCUCAGCUUUGUCAUUUCUUUUACAAAUAUACAUUAAUAUGGCUGCAGGUAUUUACUACAACUACAGAUUCCUACAUUAGGAAAGUCAGUUUCAAAAAUUGGAUAAAGUAUUAAUCUCCUCUGUAAACCUUACUUUAAAUAUGUAAAGUAUUUAUAAAUAAAAAACAUCCAAUCAUCUUUUUUGCCCUUGAAACUGGUGAGAAAACAUCAUGAUUCUGCAUUUUUAGCUAUUGUAGACCGCACAGUGUCAGCUGCUCAUUUGACUUAAAUAACAUGUGUAUUCCUUUAAAACUCUUAUUAUCCGUAAGGAAACUCCACCUGCUAUAAGGUAGGUAGUAUGUGGCUCUGCUCCUGAUCCCCAGUGUCAGCUUUGAUUUGUUUUAUUGAGAAAGAUGAAAAAACACAUUUUGCAUGUGACAAAUCCACCAAGUUUCCCUGAAAAAAAACGUUCUCAUUAUAUAUUUAAAAUAUCUGUGUAGUUCCCUUAAACUACACAUAAAACUACACACAAUUAAAUUGCAUCUGAUGUAGUCACAGCAGUUUGAGCCCAAUUUCUUUCGCAGAAAGUUUUGAGCUGGUAACUAAAUUUAAGUUUUAGAUUUGUAUUGUUCUUCAAUUUUUGCCUUGUGUAGGUUUAUUUUGAGAUCUAAUAAGAAAGCUGUUACAUUUAUAUUGAAUAUGAGGUUGUAUUAUCAAUAACGAAAAUAUACAUUGUCACUGAAAAUUGUUUCUUGUUAAGAGGAAAUUCCUGAUGUGUACCAGAAAUAUUUGUCUCCACUUUAUCAGGAAUAUCUUAAGAAUUCAUGGGUGAACUUGAAAGAGAAACUUCUAUGUUGACACACAGAAAGUAACUUGGAGGAAUACAGCAGUCCAUGUGUAGAAAAUCUAAACAUUCAAUUUUACUCGAUAAAGAGAAUGUCAGUUUUGUGAGACUUAACAGAAAAUAAAGCAACAAAAGUGGACGUGGGGUGGACAGUAGAUUUUAUUGUUUGACUUUUAAACUUUGUUCAGAGUGCCAGCCUGUAAAACAGAUGUCUACACGUUUUCUUGGCUGCAGGUACAUCGAGUUGUUUCAUGUCCCAGCCUCCUUUAAUUCUGCAUUAAGUGUAAAAAAAGUUCCCUGUGGUGCUGGAAAUAUUUCAUACAAUGCGGUUUGUUUACUUUGUGUGGCUUAAAGUGUGAAGAUAUUCUUUAUGAUAUUCUUUAGGUUUUUUUAAAACGGGUUUUCACUUGUGCAUAUAGUAUCUUUAGAGCAAGUCUGUAAAUGCAUUAUGUCUUUGAGGGCACUGUAAAUGUAACCACCCCUCCCUGAGUCUCUUUUGAAUACAUUCCUCUAAAUGUUUAUCGUGUUCCCCUUAGGACACAUUUUCUUCUGAGAUCUAUAAACCACUGGGUUUGCAUCAGUGUUUUUCUGUUGUUUGUUUUGUAAAUAAAUCUUUAA